AUUAAGUAAUGCGGUUCUAAGUAAUUGAUAUCUUGCCCCCUUGUUAGAUCUUACGCUGUAUUUAAUUUGAACUUCAUUUAUGAUACUAAAAUCUAAAGAGUCAAUUAUGCUGUCAAACAGUCCCAAUAAUGGGUUUGGUAUCAUGGAUUUGAAGCUUGGUAUUUGAAAUGAAGAGAGAAAUUGUUUAAGAUCUGACCAUUUUCUUUCCAAAUCCCUACUGCGUGAAUUCUAUGGAGCUAAAUUCAGCUUAUUGAGUUUCAUAUAGCAUGGAUGCCUUUGAAGGCAUAUAUAGGCCAUAUCAAGUUUAAUUAUGUCAAUUGUAAAUCACACAUUCUUGGAACAGCUUUAAAACAUUCACUUCACUACAUUGUUCCUUGCAUGUUAUUAAAGCAGCUUACUGGGAACAUCUUAAUGAAGUUAAGUUGUGAAACAUGUCAUAAUUAGGAAUUACGCUUGAGGAUUUUCAUCCUUUAUAAUGAAAUUCAACGUGUAUUUCUCCUGGUACAAGUGUCUUUCUGCGUGUUUAUCCAACUACCUUUCUUUUCUAGGCUCAUGGAAAGGGUUGAUUUAUAGAAUUACAUUUUCUAACUAUUGUCUUGUGUGAAAAUUACUGUGCAUCUGUGCUAUGUAGUUACACCUUGGUUUAUGCAAUUCUCGUUGUAUAGUAUUCAAUUAAGAUUCCACAUCUUCUAUUUGACAUACUUGUAAAAGUUUCUAUGCAUAUUUUUGUUGGAUUUCCAGAUUUUUAUUUCAUUAAUGCCAAAUGUAUGAUGCUAGGUACUUCUCUGGUGCAAGUGGAUGAAUGUCUUGGUUCCAAUAAUUUAGCCUUCAUCCAUACCUCUCAGAGAAGCACAAAAACUUUGAAGUGCAGGAGGUCAUUAAUAAUUCAAGCUAGUGGGGAUGGCAGAGGAUCUGGUAGCACGAGUAUCUUUGUUGGUGGCUUUGUACUGGGAGGGCUUGUUGUUGGAGCAUUGGGUUGCAUAUAUGCUCCUCAGAUAAGCAAGGCACUAGCAGGAGCAGAUAGAAAAGAUCUGAUGAGAAAGCUCCCAAAAUUUAUAUAUGAUGAAGAGAAAGCUUUGGAGAGGACUCGCAAGAUACUAACUGAAAAGAUUGCCCAGCUGAAUUCUGCCAUAGAUGAUGUUUCAGCUCAACUUCGUGCAGAUGAUGAACCGAAUGGAGCAGCCAUAACAGCUGAUGAACUCGAAGCUUCCAUAUGAUAUAUACUUCGCAUUCUGAAACUGUAAUAGUUAAUAUUGCAUUUGACUUCCAGCGGAGUCUUAAAUAAUUGGAUUACAGUUUGGAUAUUCAUGUUUGGUGUUCUUCUCAUUACUAUUGUUGUAUAUUGCAGUGUAAGAGGCCUGGCUAUUGAGUUCAAUGUGUUGUAAAAAUGUUCAUCAGACAUUAUCACGGUGGUAUACUAGCAAAUAUAUGCCUAAAUUAGCACUAA